AAUGUUUUUGUUUCAAUGAAGGCACCACUGAUUUCUCAAAGAGAAUUUAGGUUGCAGUGAACUAGAAGAAAGACUGAGAAAACUGGCUUAGAUUGUCAGGUAGUUGUGUGGUAAGUCUGGUAACCAUUUGCCUGUGAUCAGUGGUAAUCAGACCAUUUGUUGAUGGAUACGUACUGCAUGCUAUGGUAAUAGAUACUAUGUAGAUACCUUGCUCAUUAUUAGAAGAAAAGAACUAAAAUUUAAAAAGGGUUUACUGUGUGCUGGAGUCCCUGGGUGGUGCAAACAGUUAACUAACGCAUUUGGCUGCUAACCAGAAGCUUGAAGGUUGGAAUCCACCCAAAGGCAUGUGAGAAGAAAGGCCUGAAAAUCUACUUCCGAAAAAUCAGCCACUGAAAACCCUACAGAGCACAGCUCUACUCUGAUACACAUGGGGUCGCCAUGAAUCUGAAUUGACUUGACCUUUUUUUUUUUAAAUUGUGUGCCGGGUAUUUCAUAUAUGCCAUCUCCUUUAUAAUCCUUCAGGUAAUAUUAUUUUCAUUUGAGAAAGAAAGAAGCCAAGACCCAAAGAGGCUAAGUAAAUUAAUCAGGACUAAAAUGCAAAAUUUUAAAUUAAGAAUAGUUUGUCAUAGUUUACCAUUUGGCAUGUUGAGAAAUCAGCAACAGCACUGUCACCUAAUAGAAGGUAAUCACAUUAAUAAUCUGAUCUGUCAAACUGCAGAUCUCCUAGAUAAGUCUUAGUAUGAGGGAGCAGGGGUAGGGAAGAAGAGAACCUAGUGGACAGAGAAUAGUUAAAAAUGAGCUGUGUACACCAGGAUCUCUGAGUUGUUAAUCCUAUAUGAUCUCAUAGUUUUUUUUUCCAACAUAAAAUUGAAGUUGAUGCUUAGCUUACCAAAGUGGCAAAAACAAUGAAUUAAUGUGUGUCUAAAGUGCUAUGUAAUGGGAUAAUUAAUGUUUAAUUAUAUUCUUCAUGAACUGUAGAGCUCCCUAUUGAGAGUAUUUCUGGUAGCCAAGCAAAUCCAUCAAUAAAGCUUCAUUCUCUUUGUUAAUCUUGAAACAGUUUGAGAGGUUUUUAAAUUGUGACUAUUUAGUUAUUUUAUCCAUUCAAUAUUUAUCUAAUUCUUACUCUUUUUACACCUGAAGAAAAGCAAUGGUAUUUUUUAGAAUACUGAGAUUAGUUUUGGAGAAUGAGAAGAGAUAGAUAACAUUUGACCUAUUCAGAGUAUUAUAGAUGACUUAAGGGACACUUGAAGAAGUUUGUUUUUUCCUCAAGUAGGAAAUGAGGCAGUGUGCCUUGGAAAAUAUGAAAAAUGAGAAUUUUCACUGUCAGCAACAGGAAAAAACUCAACUUAUGGAGCUCUGUUUCCAUAUUUAAGGAGCCCUUUUUGUGGUGUAGUGGUUAAGAGGUUAAAAGGUCGGCAGUUCAAAUCCACCAGGUGCUUCUUGGAAACCCUAUGGGGCAGUUCUACUCUGUCCUGUAGGGUUACUGUGAGUUGGAAUCGACUCGACAGCAACAGGUUUGGUUUUGGUUCACUUUGGUGGUAUAACAGUUAAGUGCUCGCUGCUAACCAAAAGGUUGGCUGUUUGAACCCACCCAGCAGCUCUGCAGGAGAAAAGCCCUGGCAAUUUGCUUCCAUAAAGAUGACAGCCUAGAAAACCCUAUGGGGCAGUUCUAGUCUGUUACAUGGGGGCACUAUGAGUUGUAAUUGACUCAACAAUACCUGAAAACAAUAACAACAUUUCAGUAUUUAUGAAACUCAUGAAAAUUUGAGCAAUUGUAUGUUCAAAAAUUAUAGGGAAUACGCUGCCUUAGUUUCGAAGAUGAAGGAUUGAAAUUUUGCCUUGGAUAAAGACGCAAUUAUUAAGAUAAGUUUUUUUAUUUAUGAUAGUUGAGAGAAUAUAUAGGCAACCAUUUUUAAUAAAUUUGGGAUAUGUAUUGUAUUUGAUCACCGUUGUUUUAAGUUUUGCUGUUGAAUACAAAGUACAUUAUGGCACAAGUACCUAAGUACCUGUUUACCUUGUUAGAUGCUGGUAGACCACUUGUUUUGCUAGUCUUCAAAAUUGAAUGGAGUGUCAGAUACACAGAAGCCAGAGUCAUCUUGGCCAGAUGGUGUUUGAUACAGAUGGAUGGUUAGUUGUCAUGCAGAUCUCCUAGUUGGUAACUUGUUGCUGCCAUCUGACUCAAAGAAUCAUUCACACACACUGGCUGUCAAAAGCAUCUUCUCUUCUGUCUGUUUUAGCUGUCAUGUCUGUGCUCUGUACAGAAGUGUUGACAAGACAUUGCUGUUGUACAUUUUCAAUUUGGUUGUUAGUGAUUUUUAUGUUUUGUGGGGUAUUUGAUAGUACUUGCUUUGUAAUUGUAUUGUUUUUUAAAAAAUACCAUGAUAGUGCAGCAAUUACCUGACCUUUCAUGGGACUUUUCAGGUUAUACAUUUAUUCAACUCUGUUCAGUGAACAAAACAUUUAAUGAAAAGAAAAAAAAAAGAACUUUUUGUUUUAUUUAGUUUCCAAACAUAGUAAAUAAACUGAAUUUUACUGGUUAUUUCCCAAUUUCAUAUAAUAACCUGUUCUGGACUUUACCUCUCAUUGCUUUGUGCUCACAAUCUUCAUAUUCUUUCUGAAUAUGUAUUUUUUUCCUCAGAUUAUUACCUUUUUUCUGACAGUAUAAGCUUCUUUUUUUCUUCCAAAAUAUCUUUAGACGUUGUCUGUCCGUUGCAUCUGUUUUCUCAAACUUAACUUGCCUUCGUCUCAUUCGCCUACAGACCUUGUCUUCACUUUUCCUGUUUCCCUCAUAGGAAUAUAAGCACAGCCAUUUCUCCUUCAGUUCACUCCUGAAGGCAUAUCUAUUUCUCUGAUAAUCAUUUAACAACUUAGUUCAUUUGUUUCUCCAGGUAUAUUUACUGAGCAUCUCAAUAUAUGGCAGGCACUCUGGUACACUGGAGAUACCAGAAAGUAUUCUCUGCCCUUGAGAAGUUCGUAGUCUAAAGGGAAAUCAGACCUAUAGACAAUUCAAUUAGACUAUUGUAAUUGCUGUAAUGUGUGUGGAAAGUGUAAUAGGAGAACAUGAACCAUUGCUAUUCUCUUUCCCCAGUUGUAUUUCCAGAAUACCUGUUUUUAAAAGUAUUACAGAAUUUACAUGAACUUUUUAUAAUACUUUAUUAAAUGGAUUUUAAAAAUAGUGAAAAACUUUAACUUGAAGUAGCCAUUUUUGCCCAGUUAAUUAAUACAUUUCAGCAUUAUUCAUCUAUUCUAUGUUAUGUGCAGACAUGCUAAAGUAUGUUUUUAAGCCAGGGACUAGAAGAUGAAAAUUAACUGACAGAAGCUUUCUGAGUUGAUUUCAAAAGAAACUAUGUGGUCAUUUGGUUUCUGCGUUAAGACUGAGAACUAUGAGCAGAGAAUACGUGAGCAACAGGAACAGCUGUCACUUCAACAAACUAUUAUUGACAAGCUAAAAUCACAGUUACUUCUUGUGAAUUCCAGUCGAGAUAAUAGCUAUGGCUGUGUUCCUGUGCUUGAAGAGAGUGAAACAAGGAAGAAUAAUGUGACUCUUGAUCAGCCACAUGAUAAAGUAAAAUCAGGAAUACCGAGAGAAAAACAAUCGAAGGAAAUCACAUUCCCACGCAGUUGGUCUAGCCUCUGUAAUGAAUUAGAGUCCUCACCACAUGAGCUUCUCCUCGCAACAUGGCAACUAACUUUCUUCAAAGCAAGAGAUCUAAGAGAAGGUUCAAGGAGGAAGGUAAGAAGACAAGACGUUUCUUCUAGAAAAGAAAAUUCACCAAAGAGUCUUGGCAUUCCUUUAUUCCAUGAAAGGGAUUAUAUAGAGAAGACGUUCUGGGAUCUGAAAGAAGAAUUUCAUAGAAUAUGCAUGCUAGCAAAAGCACAAAAAGAGCACUUAAGCAAACUUAAUGUACCAGACACUGCAACUGAAACACAGUGCUCUGUGCCUGUACAGUGUACGGAUAAAACCGAUAAACAAGAAGCGCUAUUUCAGCCUCAGGCUAAAGAUGAUAUAAAUAGAGACGCACCGUGCACCACUUCUGUCACACCGAGAGGACUGGGCCAAGAUGAGGAAGACACCUCUUUUGAAUCACUUUCUAAAUUCAAUGUCAGGUUUCCACCUAUGGACAGUGACUCUACGUUCUUACAUAGCACUCCAGAGAGACCCAAAGUCCUUGGUCCUGCCACAUCUGAGACAAUGUGCCAGGACAAAUUUAAUAUGGAGCUCAGGAACAAGCCAGGAAACUUCAUUAAAACAGAAGAAACUUUUUUUGAAAAUCAGGGAAUUGAUCCCAUAGCUUCAGCUAUACAAAACCUUAAAACAACUGACAAAACAAAACCUUCCAAUCUUGUAAACACUGUGGAUAAUGCUCCAUGUUUGCCACCUGGAGACCAUAAUGCACUAUAUGUAAAAACAUUCCCACUUCAGGACCCGUCUGAUGGACCUUUUCCCUCCUUUGAUCCCUCAGGAAGAGCUAUCCGAGGACCACAGCAGCCUGUUUGGAAGCCCUAUCCUAAUGAAGACAGUGACUUAUUGGUACUAAGUGGUACAGACUCAGAACUGCAUAUACCUCGAGUAUGUGAAUUCUGUCAAGCAGUUUUCCCACCAUCCAUUACAUCCAGGGGGGAUUUCCUCCGGCAUCUUAAUUCACACUUUAAUGGGGAGACUUAAGACGCAUUUGAAAACAGACAUAUCAAGUUCUAUGCAAUGAUUUUGGGUUUGUAAUACUAUAAAUACUUAAUUGUAAACUUCGUUCAGGAAGGAUUUUAGAAAAAUUCAGUGCUAUAGCUAUUUGAAUUUUUUUCUAAACUUAAAUUUUGUAACUUGCUCUUAUUAUCUUUUAAAGAUCAUUCUGUACAAAUCUGUAAUUCAUUGUAUUCAUGUUUAAGUGUUAUUUCCAUAAUUCAAAAUUCUGUGACUUUAUGAAAUUAUAUAAUCAUAAUUCAAGUUCAUUUCAAAUAUCUAAGCUUACUGCUUGAAUUUCCAGUUAGAGCAACUGAAUUUAGUAAUGUUAAAUGUUUAUAGGGGUUUUUUUCCAUAUGUUUUCAUUUUACAAUAUAGAUUAUUUAUGAUAUAGGUGAUGUUCUUUUUUAAUAAAACUGUAAUAAAGAAUAGUAGACAACCUAAACAUCUAAGUAAAUGCCAAACCUAAGACAUUUGUUGGCUAGUGAUAAAAUCACUGGUAAAAGUAAAUACCUUAGGUUUUUUUUUUUAAUAAUAUACAUGGUUUUAAUUUUUACCUUGUAUAUAGCUACGUGAUAAAAAUGAAUUAGGCAUUAAAAGGGUUACUUAUGCUGUAAUCACUAAUGUGUUCUUUGUUUCUGAGUAAAAAGAAAAUAAAGGAAAUAAAUCACCUUUUGGGAAAGUUCUUAAAAGUCAUGUUUUCUUUCCAGUAACCAGAUAGAAGGAUAAUGACCAGAUAUGAUGGCAUUUUAUCACAACUGGGUCACUUUGAAUUUUGAAAUUGUUUUUCAAACUAAACUUACUGAAGAAACAUGUUCGUAUUUAAUGGGAGCAAAUCUAAAACCCUGUAAGAACUAUCCUUAUUUGUUAAUUCAGAUUAGAAAUGUCCAUAUUCUUGUUGAGAAAUUUGUUAUCCAUUGUUAGCAGCUUGACUGUUGGCCACUGGAAGACAUAUGAGAGAGAAGAUUUUGUUUUUAACAUUCUAAAAUGAAAUUCCCUUUUGUUUUUCUUCCCCAUGAUUUUUGCCUUUUGGGUUUCUUUUUUUCCCCAGACUUUUAAAAAAUGCUUCCAUUUUAUGAAGUAAACAUUGAUUUGCAACUCUGAAACAGAAAUUAAAGCCAUCUUGAAGCAAGUGUUUUGAGCCAGAGGGUUUGGGAUAGGGGGGAUUCAAGCAGGCUCUUGUGCCACCGUGAAGAGCUUAAUGUGUAGAAGAAUGAGAGUGGUGCCUCAACUUCUCAGGGUGCCAAGCACAUCACAUUGACAUCUUCCUCACCAAGGUGACAUAGCGAUUAUUAGGUAUUCACUGUGAAGGGUUCUGAAGCAUGUACAUCUUUCCUUCAUUGCCACUGGGGAUGAAUGGAAAUGCCUAGACAAUUACCCAAGCCUCUUCCCAUCUCCCUACCUCCCGCCCACCCAGCCUCCCCUCUCACACACAUAUACAAAAUUAAAAAUAAAAAUGUCCCAGCUUGUACCAGCCAGAAUAUACCACUGUACCUGUCUUGUGAAAGGGAGUUCUUUUGCCCUCUUCUAGAAGGGGAGAGCCCAUCUCACACAGUUGACACCUACUAGCCUGCUGAUAACCAAAGGAAACUCUCUAGCCAAGAAGGUGAUUCAAACAGUCAGUCACAGACCCGUCUCCUCAGUCCACCCCUUUCCCACCUCCAUCACUUUUAGUAAGAGCGGGUGAUGCUGUUUUCUUUUGGGUUCCAGCUCUAUCCUAAGCCCCAUCUUCCGACGGACGGAGGCCCUCUUGGACCAC